AUGGUCAACUGGCUUACCAUUCGUGAAAACUUCGAGAAGUGGUCAGGCGCAGGCGAGCAGUCAGCACCAGGCAUAAAAAAGAAAGGAACGAAAACAGCCGCAUACACUGAGAUGGCCGCGGCUAUCAAUGAGAAAACUGGUGUUGGUUGGGACUGGCAGAAAACGAAAAGCCGUUUCGAAAGUUACAAGAGACGGUAUAUCAGUACCAAAAGAAAGUCGGAAGCUUCUGGCUUUGGCAGAGAGAUCAGCCUAAAAGAACGUAAAAAGGGCAUAAAAAAUAUUGUUGACAAACUCAAUCAUAUGUGCCCCUACUUCUAUGAGAUGGAUUCAAUCUUUGGCCAAAGGGAGAAUAUCAGCCCAAGCACGGUUUUGCAUGCUGGCCUUCCGCCAUCGAUCUCUGCACUUGCGGCCACUCUUGUGCCAGCUACUGAGUUACCUGCAGUAGAAACUGCAGUAGCAGCAACACCAGUACCAACAACAGCAACUGAAGAAUUGCCGACGAAUCAUGUUGUCGACGAAAACGUGCCUUGCUCCUCGUUCUUCGAACAAGCAGAUGUCGACAGCGAGACACAAGAAAUCACUGUCGACAAUUUCGAAGAGUCUAUGGAACGAUUCUUGGAGCAGGCUGCACCCAGUCCGGAGCCCCAGAAUGAGGAGGUGAACAGCAUUGCUUCCAGCAGGGUAAAAAGCGGCUCUGGCGAUGACGACGAUAAUGUGCCACGCGGCAGAAACUUUACUGCCGUUUACUCGGUCAAUGAAGCCAAGCGACGCAAGUUAGAGUCGAAAAAGCUCAAGCUCGAGCAUGAGAGACUGCAAUUGGAGAAGGCGCGAUUGGCAGAACAGAAACGUGCGUCCCAGGCACAAGAACAGCAGACUUACGCUAGUGACAGGACCAAGUUUUUCAUUGAGCUGUUGAAACUUGGAAAGACUGCUGACGAAGCCAAACAGAUAAUUGAAAAUGUAUACGAGUAG